GGGUCAUACACCGACAAAGAUUAUAUCGCAUAUCUAAUGGAACCCGUUGCUCAUGGGAAUCUGCGUGAGUUUUUGGACGACGAAAGACCAGAAGGAAUCCAUGAACCGAAACGCAUGUCGCUCCGAAAUUACUUCGGCUGCCUUUCUGGGGCUAUUCAUUACCUGCACCAUACCUGCAAGCUCCGGCAUCGCGACCUCACAUGCCAAAACAUUCUUGUCAAAGGCGACUCGGUAUACAUAAGUGAUUUUGGAACGGCGUAUGACCACUCCAAGGGCAGGAGUACGACACAGGACCGAAAUAUCCCCCGUACUGAGUUUUAUAUGGCCCCAGAGGUUGCAAAACGACAGAAACGAAACUCUGCUAGCGAUAUGUGGUCUCUAGGCGUUGUGUUUCUAGAGAUGGCCACCGUACUCCUUGGAAGUACUGUUUCA